CCCACGGAUACAUCUUGUCAGCCGGAUUGAUCAACAGGAAGAAGAAGAGCAGGCGACGUCAGCAAUACCUGUCAGAAAUGGCUACAGGAGUGGAUCAAGCAGUUGGCAUGAGUCUUGUUGUCUUCAGCCUGCUGCUGUUUACAUACUACUCUGUCUGGGUCAUCGUUCUGCCUUUUGUGGACAGUGACCACAUACUGCACAAGUAUUUUCUUCCUCGGGAGUACUCUGUCAUUCUGCCUGGCAUUGCAGCAGUAGUACUGCUCCUCUGUAUAGGGGCCUUCAUGGCAGUUGUCAUGUGGAAGAAUCGCAAGCCAAAAAAAGUGGACUAAUGUCAUGAUGUUAGAGUGACGGCUGUGGAUGGGAGGAUGUGAAAAUGAAUUGCUGAGCCCUCUCUGGUGGCCCUACAAACAAAAUCAUACUUUCAUUCUCAGAUGGAAUGACGUUCUUACAAAGUUAUAUUUGUUAAAAAGAAUGUUUUCUGAGAUUUACCUGAGGUUUUGGUUCUGUUUCUGUUCUUAGAGAUGAUAAGUAGAUAUGAGCAGUGUUUUUAAGCCGCUGUGUCACAUUUGAAAACCUUCAACUUCAGCGCCCUGGAGUGGCAGUAUAAAGAAAGACACUGAGAAUGAAUUUGCUGAAAGCAAAACAGAGACUGCACCAAUUUCCACUCGGAUAAAUGCUUCUACAACCAAAAACUUGCGUCCUGAGAAUAAUGAAAUAAAUUGACAUAGUGGCUUUAAAUUUGUUUUGAAAAGGUUUUGAGAUUGCUCACUGCAUUGCUGUUACACUGACUGUUGUGUAGUGUUGAGAUCAGUUGCUGUGUUCUCCUCUUGUAGGCAGUAGACAGUGUUAACAGGAAUUAAUUUAGUUGAAGGGUUUAUGGCACAUUCCCAUGACCAUCCACUCUGAAUAAUUUCAUUUGGAUCCAGUAGAUAAGCCCUCAGACCAACUACUACAAAGGGAGAGCUUGCGGACUGCUAAUGGACUGUAAUGGACUGGAUGUCACGUUUUCCUAUUCUGAUACGACAUCGGCAUGAAUAUCGCCCACAUCAAAACAUGAAAUAUUUCCAUUAGGGCAGAAUGUUAAUGUUUUCAAGUGUAGCUGACCCAAUCUGUUUAUCAGUCGUAUUCUGACUCUCACUCUCAAGCUCUUGAAGCUGUGCGAGUGAUUUCGUCUGACUAUCCUUGGUCGUUUGACGGAUGACGCAGUCCUCGGUCCAUUUCUGGAGUAAGGAUGGUGGAAGAUGCCUUUCACUUGUUCACUCCAAUGAGGCAGUAAAACGUGUAACAUGAGCCCACGGAAAGUCCUGCAGACUACGCUCAGCUACCUAAACACUUUCAGGGCUGAGGAAUUCUAAAUGACACUAAAAACUGACUUGAGGAAACUUGCUCGCCAAGCAACAGUAAAGGCGCAAAUGUCUCUGUCAUCACUGUCUCUGUAGAAGCCGAUGUUACACCAGUGCUCUCUCCAAUCUAAAAGAAUAUCUGAUAUCUAUGCGCAUAAAUAUGUUAUCCUCCAAAAAUACCACAACCUACACUAUUUCAAACAUAAUUUCCAGCGCAAAAACAGUCUUGCCCAGCAACAUUGCUCAAAAAGUUGCCCCGUGUAUCAUCAGCUUUACAUUUGAGCAAAUACACUAAUAGACAGUAAUAUGGCAGGACCAAAGGGGGUGAAACGUGUCACUGUUAGAAAAAGAAAAAGAAAAAAAAGAGUCAGAAAUCCUACUUCAUUGAAAGCAUAAAUACUGUGACAAUGUACAUGUUUGUAGUGUGUGAAAGUGAUGUUGUAAAUAUUUUUGGAUGCAAACCAGCAUUUCGCCUCACACAAACCUGCAGUAAAUGGGGCCAAAUGUUUACUUUUUCUCUGUUUAAUAAAAUGUGGAUGCUGGGAAA